AUGUCUGGACGCGGAAAGGGAGGCAAGGCCAAGUCGGGAGGAAAGUCCAAGUCGCGUUCUGCGCGCGCCGGACUCCAGUUCCCCGUCGGUCGUCUGCACCGUAUGCUGCGCAAGGGCAACUACGCCCAGCGUGUCGGAGCCGGAGCUCCCGUCUACCUCGCUGCCGUCCUUGAGUACCUCGCCGCUGAGGUCCUCGAGCUGGCUGGCAACGCUGCCCGCGACAACAAGAAGACCCGCAUCAACCCCCGCCAUCUGCAGCUGGCCGUCCGCAACGACGAGGAGCUCAACAAGCUUCUGUCGGGCGUGACCAUCGCUCAGGGCGGUGUCCUCCCCAACAUCAACGCCGUUCUUCUGCCCAAGAAGACCGCCGGCGACAAGGAGUAA